AUGAAGGGAGCACUGCUUGUGCUGGCCUUGCUGGUGACCAGAGAGCUGACCUUUGAGACACAUGAGGUUAGGAAGGAGGCCUGCCCUGUUUUUUAUGAAAUGCAGAUCAUUGUGAACUUUGUACUACCAAGGGCAGCAUUAAAUGAAAACUUUGAUUCGGUCAGUGCUACAGAUGAAGAAAAAGCAGCCUUUGGAAAAAUCCAGGAUUGCUUCAUUGAAGUAGGACAUCAGAACAGGGUUAAUCAUCUGAUAUUUAAGAUUCUCGUGAUCUUCAGCAAGGAUUGCACUGGCUAUAGAGUGUCCACGUUGGUGAAUACUAUUAAAGGAUUCUUUUCCAUUCUGCCCUCUUUACACAUGCGGAUAAAGAGAACAUACCAUGCAGCCCCAGAAACUGCUGAGUGGACUGCGAAGAGGGACCUCACUGACCCUCGAGAUACUAAGAUCAUCCUUAAGAAGAAGAAGGAAAAGAAGAUCCCAGACAAGCCCCUUCAGGAUGAAGCCGCAUAA